AUGUUUAAUAAGGACAGCAAUCAAAUUCGAACAACACAAUUAUCUAUCUCGGUCCCUUCAUUAUCUAUCUAUCUAUCUAUCUAUCUAUCUCGGUCCCUUCAUUAUCUAUCUAUCUAUCUAUCUCGGUCCCUUCAUUAUCUAUCUAUCUAUCUAUCUCGGUCCCUUCAUUAUCUAUCUAUCUCUCUCUCUCGGUCCCUUCAUUAUCUAUCUAUCUAUCUCUCUCGGUCCCUUCAUUAUCUAUCUAUCUAUCUAUCUCGGUCCCUUCAUUAUCUAUCUAUCUACCUCUCUAUCUCUUCAUUAUCUACCUCUCUAUCUCUUCAUUAUCUACCUCUCUAUCUCUUCAUUAUCUACCUCUCUACCUAUCUACCUCUCUAUCUCUUCAUUAUCUACCUCUCUACCUCUCUAUCUCUUCAUUAUCUACCUCUCUACCUAUCUACCUCUUUAUCUCUUCAUUAUCUACCUCUCUACCUAUCUACCUCUUUAUCUCUUCAUUAUCUACCUCUCUACCUAUCUACCUCUUCAUUAUCUACCUCUCUACCUAUCUACCUCUCUCUCUCUUCAUUAUCUACCUAUCUACCUCUCUCUCUCUUCAUUAUCUACCUCUCUCUCUUCAUUAUCUACCUCUCUCUCUCUUCAUUAUCUACCUCUCUCUCUCUCUUCAUUAUCUACCUCUCUAUCAUUUCAAGAAUUAUGGAAAUUAAUCUGGAUAAGCAGUGA